GAAAUUUACAGUCUAGUCAAUAGGCUACAAAGAAGACCUACUGUCAAAGUGAAAAAUGAUUUCCAUCUACAUGAUUUUCACGGCUCUGGUGCAAACGGCUCUGGCAAAAGAGUCUAUGGAAUGCGAUUUAUCUGAACCUACAGGAGCUCCAAACUGUUUUGGAGCACUUGCGGAGUCACUAUUUUUCCAUCUGCCUACAAAUAUGAAAAAAUUAAUAUUGAGAAGGAAAGGGGCAUCUACCAUUUUAAAUAUAGCCAAUAUGACAGUUAUUAUUUCUGAGGAAUACACCAGUCGCUCUACGUACUUCCCAAAUGGAACGUUUAAGCUGGAUAAUGCACGAAAGACAGACUCCGGGGAUUACCAGCUGGAACCAUUUGGCUCUGAUGGUAGAUUGUUGAAUAAAACCAACAUGCAUCUAGAAAUACAAGCUCCAGUGUCAAAGCCAGCUGUGACACAGAUGUGUUUGACACCAGAACAGAUGAACAUCAGCUGCUCCUCUGAGGGAGAUGGAGUAAAGUUAAUUUUGAGUUUGGACGGUCUCUUACUGAUGCAGACCGGAGGCCACAGCCAGUCCCUGAGCAGAUCUACAGUGGACACACUGUCACUGGCUGGGAGUACAGCUAAACAACACAAACCCAUAGUUUCAAAUGUUGCCAUCAGCUUACACGGUCAACUGACAGGAAACUUGAUGUGUAAUGUUCGAAAUAAUGUCAGCAGAGAAGAAACAGUUAUCCGCCUUACAAGCUGUGACGGUUCCAUUUCUCUUUCUUCUCAUGUGACUGUGGCUGUGAUAGCAAGUGGCGCCACUCUGCUUCUACUUUUGGCUCUGUUUCUUGGUAUCAAACACUUAAACAACAAAACAAGUCCCAUAACUGUUAGUGAAGAUAACGCUGAAGAUGAAAUUGUCUACUCAGAUGUUAGAGUGAUGAAGCAUACAAGGACAACCAUACCUGAAUCUAUAACAAUGAAUAUUUGCUGAAUAGUUGCUCAUGAUAUACACACACAGGACAGAAUAAUAACACACACACACACAGUUAACAAUGGAACAUAAAUAUUUGAGAAUUUUGUUUUCACUUCCCACUGAACAGUAUAUUAUGGUGUUGCAUAAUUUUAAUUGCAUUUGGGUUUUUUAAACAUAUAUGUAUACUUAUAUUAAUAAUUGAAUACUAUUUUAAAUAUGCAAUGUACUAUGCUGGAUGAAUCCUAUUUAGAGAUUUUAUAUAUAAUGAACAGUAAACUAUACCCAUUUAUAUUUUUCACACUUGUAAAAAUCAUGUCAAUACUGGGACAAAUAUUCACAGUAAACUGAACAUACUACUUUUGAGCUAAAUACUAAUUUUGCACAAUUUGUUUGCUUGCAUUUAUGCAUUUUCAAAUGCAACAGCUCUUUUAUUAAUGCUUUUAUUUUCAGUGAUUUGUUUUGUAAUUGUGUGUGGCAUUUUGAAAGAUUUUCAAAUAAA